AUGACAGAAACAGAGACUUUGACGGCAGUGAGCACGGUGUGCGUUUACUGUGGAUCGUCGUUUGGCAAAGACACCAAAUACGCGCGCGAAGCUCGCAAAUUAGGCGAGCUUUUGUACCAACUGAAUUGGAAACUCGUUUACGGCGGGGGAACCACGGGUCUUAUGGGCGAGAUCGCCAAAGCGACCAUGGGUCCAGACGGACAAGGCAGUGUCCAUGGGAUCAUCCCCAGUGCUUUGGUUUCGAAAGAACGGGACGACGACAAAGACGUCGGUGCUGUGAACGAAGAAAUCAAGAAAUCCGUCGAAAAUCACCACGGUUGGACCCCCAUAAGCCAGGAGUACGGUAGAACUACGGUGGUGCCCGACAUGCACACGCGCAAACGGCUUAUGGCGACGGAGGCUGACGCCUUCGUCGCCAUGCCCGGAGGAUACGGAACUCUGGAAGAAAUCAUGGAAUGUAUCACGUGGUCUCAGCUGGGGAUACAUAACAAGCCGGUGGUUCUGUUCAACAUAGACGGGUUUUACGACUCGUUGUUGGAGUUUGUCGGCAAUGCGAUCCAGGCUGGUUUCAUUAGCGAGAAAAAUGGGCGUAUCAUCCAAGUCGCCAGUACGGCCGACGAAGUGGUCGAAAAAAUCCAAAAAUACGUUGUUCCAGAGGGUCGGUUCAAUUUGAACUGGAGCGACGAAGGUGGCAAUGGGAAGUAA